AUGGCCACGCGUGGACUGCGCGCGACCAGCAUCGUCGUUUGCGCCUUGGUGACGAUCGACUUGACAUUUGCCCAGGAACACAUCUCCCCCGGUAGCCGAUAUUAUAAUCGCGAUGGCGUGUACGUGCCGCUCGACGCGGCCAGCUACAAUACGUACGUGUACAAGGACAGAAGGUAUGGCUACGGCUACAUGGAUCCUCUUGACAGGGGACCCACAAGGGCACCUGAGGAUCGCUUCCAGUACGACCAUUCAACGCCAAGGAUUCCAUUGCCGGGAGUGCUGGGUGGCUGGCGUGAGGACCUUCAAGGAAAAGAGAGACCAGACUCAAAACUUUUCAGAGACAGAGACGUAAUUGUGAACACAAAUUACGGACAAGUGCAAGGAUUCAAAGUUCGUUUGUACGACGAUCCGUUCUCAGGGCGCAGGCCAUGGAACCCGACAGUGGACAGAGUCACAAAAGUUGUCAAUGUGUUUCUGGGUAUCCCUUAUGCAAUACCACCGACGAAGGAAGGUCGCUUCAAACCUCCCAGACCUCAUAGAGGAUGGAAUCUUUUGCAAGCUGUAGAUUGGGGUCCAGCUUGCCCACAGCCGAGCGAAUACACCGGCGCUACGAAAGGCAUACGGGAUGUCGAUGAAGACUGUUUGUACUUGAACAUAUUUACACCCAAUGUAGGUGCUGGGUUAGCAAACAAGUAUGCAGUAAUGUUUUACAUACACGGCGGCCAAUUUAUUCAUGGAGCUAGCAAUUUGUUCCCUGGCCACAUGUUAGCUGCUUUCUAUAAUGUCGUAGUGGUAUCGAUAAAUUACCGCCUCGGAGCUCUCGGAUUUUUAAGCACUGGAGAUGAAAACAGCCCUGGCAAUUAUGGAAUUCUUGAUCAAGCUCUGGCAUUGCAAUGGGUAUAUGACAAUAUUUACAUUUUUAACGGAAAUCCCGAUUCUAUAACACUUUUCGGUCCCGGUGCUGGAGCAGCGAGUGCGGGUUUAUUGAUGGUUGCGCCGAGAACGCGGGACUUGGUGUCGAAAGUAAUAGCGCAGUCUGGCUCGGCUGUAGCCGAUUGGGCGGUGAUCAUGGACAAGUAUCGAGCACAGAAUACAUCCCGGGUAUACGCAAAAAUGCUCGGUUGCAGCAUAGAGAGCAGCUGGAAAUUGGUACAGUGCCUGAAAGACGGACGUAGCUCCUUCGAAUUGAGCAAUUACCAAUUGAAACCGAACGUUGGAAUGUUCCCGUGGGCGCCUGUAUUGGAUAUUAACUUCACGAUACCUCAAGACAAUUGGUACGAGGGAUGGAGGAUGGCCGAUUGGCGUUUCUUUACUGAAACGCCGGAAGAAAGUAUUAAAGCUGGGAAAUUUCGAAAAAACUUGGCUUACAUGGCUGGUGUUACGACUCAAGAAGCUGCAUUUAUUAUAAAGGAUAACGAAACUUUGCAGAGGAACAACUACAUAAUCGAUCUUGAAUCGUUCGAUCAAAAAGUAUGGGAACUAGUUCUCCAGUACAACUAUACCUUGAAUCCGCAGGGCGUUUUUGAAGCGAUAAAAUAUAUGUAUACGUAUUGGCCGGAUCCGAUGAACUUCACGCAUAUACGCGAUCAAUACAUAAAUCUAUUAUCAGACUUUCACUACGUAGCGCCAUACGAUAAAAUAGCGAAACUCCUGGUGGAGAAACUCGUGCCGACGUACUUGUACGUUCUGAAUACCUCAGUAGAGUCGUUCAAGGCGCAACAUUGGGCCAGGGUUCCUCACGAUACGGAGCAUCUAUGGCUGACAGGGGCGCCGUUUAUGGAUGUUGAAUUCUUCCCGCAAAGAUUGAAACUAAGCCGAGACGUGUGGAGUGACAACGAUCGCAACAUGAGUCAUUUCUUCAUGAAGGCAUACUCGAAUUUUGCUACAAACGGGAAUCCAACGCCUUCGCAGAUUUUAGGAUUGCACUUUGAUCUCGCUCGAUACGGGCAGCUACGAUAUCUCAAUAUCAAUACGACGUUUAAUAGCUCCAUCCAGAUUAAUUAUCGGCAAACAGAGAGUGCGUUUUGGUCCAUGUAUUUGCCGACUGUCAUCGGUUACCUCGUCCCCACGUAUCCUCCCGUUACCGAGUAUUGGUGGGAGCCUAAGCAGCCGCUUCAAAUUGCGUUCUGGUCAAUGUCGACGGCAUGUCUACUAUUACUCGUGCUCUCCGUGGUGUGCUGUAUGCUUUGGCGUAACGCCAAAAGACAAUCUGAUCACUACUAUAGCGGGGACAUCCUGAUGGUACGAGACGACGAACAUUCCGAGGGAAUCGAGAAUUUAACACGUACAUCUAAGGAAAAUAUAUACGAAUAUCGCGACGUACCACCAAUGAAAACUAGAGUACCACGUCAAAACGAAGCGAGACUACAGGAACGUUUAGCACAAAACAGAAAGUUCAGUUCUACACCCUCGUUACGAAGCAAUUCUAACGUCUCGUUGAAAGAUAUGAGAUCGGAAGGCUUUGUCACGAGCUCGCCUAAUGGUCAGCCUAAACUGACAAAAACGAUGAGUCAAUCUGCAUUGCCGAAAGCUAAGAGUAGAACUCUAUUAGUACAAGGAGUACCGCAAACAGCCGUUUAAUAACUAAGUUACCAGUAUCUUCAGAUCGACAAUCGCUUUAUUUAUUUUUUUAUAUCUAAGUUUUUAAAUGUUUUAGUUAAAAAGAAGAAUAUCAUUUGUUUUAUCAAAAUAAUGCCAUAUAAAAUGUUAAAUUACAAUCAUAAUUGAACAAGUAUAAUUAUAAUCAAAAGUUACGAGAGCAUCUGUAGAUGUUUUCUUCAAUAUAAUGCGACAAUAAUGUCAUUUGCGUAUAUAUAAGAUUAUUAAGUUAAAUAAUUCUAAAAUUUCUGACAUUAACGUUUCUUAUUGUAAAAUAAUAGUUUUUAUCAAUUACGCAACGAAUAAAAUAGCAACCUAAGGUAGCUAUAUUGUGUAUCCGUCCACAAGAAUGAUCGUUAUAUAUAAGAAAGAGAACAUAUAUUUUAUGUAUUAUGUAAAUAUCUAACCUAUUUUAUAUUGCUCUACAAGCUACUUUAGAAAAAUUAAGACUAAAGAGUAAUUAAUUACUUUUAAAUUAAUUACUACUAAAAAAAUCAAGUGUAUCGUUACAUAAGAUAGCUUGGAUAAAUAAGAAAAGCAGGUCACAGACGUUUGCUUAGAUUUUCUAUGGAAUAUAUAGGCUUUUUGCCAAAUCCAUCAAAACAGUUUUUGUCGGCUACACAUUUGAUUAGCAAUGUAUCAACAAAUAUAUAAUAGGAGCUACGAAUCAAGUACGACCGCAAAAACCGAGCAGAAUCUACAAUUAACAUUCAAAUGGAAUAUACGGAAGACACUGCUCAGUUUCUGCUGCCAAUCUGUUGUUCGAUUAUAUCGACAGUCUCUGCCGGUAGAACACGAACUUAAUGUGUAAUUGAAUGUCACGUUGUAAUAUUCUAAGCAAGUUUGCUAUCAAACUGCCAACAUUUUACACUUGUUUAAAUAUUAAUUAUAUAGGCAGGUUUCGAAUGCAACAUACUUUUGUUAUAUAUGUAAUUCAAUAUAUAUUAAGCGCUUUGUUUGGUAUAUAAUUGGAAGUGCCUUAAUGCAAUAUAAGCAUACAAGAUAGACUAAGUACACAAAUUAAAUACAUAUAUUAUACAUAUGUUUAACAUAUUUACAUAUCAACAGUAGCUUUAGCAUUAACGAUCUCAUUGCCACUGAAGUUACGAUGUAAAUGUAAGUCUGACACUCCUGAGAUUAAAUGUUACACAUUUACAAUAAUCCUGAACAAUUUGUAUUUACGAAUUGUGCAAGCACAAUUUUUGUAUUUAUUAUAUAAAAUAGAUGUUAUAAAUGCUUCAAGUAUUGUGUUAGAUUUUAUAUAAAGAGUAUGUAAUACAAUAUCAUUUCAUUAGAAAUAUUAUAAGAUUAAAUGAUAUUUUUCACAAAUGGCUGUUAUUAUUUGCAAAAUGACUGACUUAUCAUAAAGGAGAAUAAAAAAUUCAAUGUCUAAUUCAAAAGGCGCGUCAAUGUGACUUUUAAAAAGAGAAUAGAAAGGUUACAGAACAGUUCAGAAAGUAUAACCACUUUUGGACAGAUGGUAAUAAAGCCCUUUCAUAAAUUUUUAUCAUUUUUUACGGCGUUCAAAUUGCCGGUGUAAAAAUAUGCAAAAUGCCAAAGCUGUGCUUUAAGAAGCAUCCCCAAAGAUGCACCCUUACAACACAAAAUGUUUAACAAUUUAACAGUCCAUUGGAUGAGUCUAUUAGUGUGGGCAUACCAGAUAUGAAUAAUAUAAUUACUUGAUUAAAAGACAACUUCGUCAAAAAAAAUCACACUAUCCCAAUCGCGAUUCAAAUUUUCUUGCGUCUAAGUUAUUCUUUUUCGACGUGUCUUUCAGACAGCAAAGGUUUCUUAACCCUUAAAUACAUGACUUUUUAUUUUUUUUAAUAAAAUAAUUUGAAUGAAUUUGAAACAGGGUUGCUAUUUAUUGAGAUAUGAGCUAAAAAAUCAUACGAAGAUGCAGAACUGCAUCAUGAUGCAUUUAAGGGUUAAUUGUGCUUUGAUAUUUCAUAUCAUGAGCACAUACAUGUCUGCUUAUUGCGUCACAUGAUAUAUUUAUACUUUUUUAACAUUAAUGCCGCUAUGCAAUGCCUAAGAUUAUUCGUAAAUAUCCGAAAGAUCAGUUCGUCCUCAUUUGUCAUCGUUUUUUGCGCAGAGUCAUAUUCUGGCAGAUCAUCGAUCUUUUCUUAUCUUUAAAUAGAGUUUCAUUCAUUGAUUCACAUAUGCCUUCGAUUUUCUCACGUACUUAGCAGCCGCUUCGCACGACAUUUUCGGUCUUCUUGGAUGUACAUAGAGAAAUACGGCUUCAAAUCGCAUAGGUA